UACAAAUAUCUUCCAGAUAGAUUGCCCAUACAUCCACCCCCAAACAAUUUGCACAAAAUAGCUUCUAGGGAGAACCUGUCUCAGAUGCCUCCAGGCUGCAAUGAAAAAUGAACAGCGAGACAAGAAGCAGGAUAGAAAACUGGAAUUGCCAGCUCUUUAGGACCCAGGGGUCUUUCUAUCAGGUGUCCAAAACAUUGCCAUUUGCUCAUUGGCUCAAAAUAGGGAAGGAAGUUUUGCUGGUUUCUCUCUUAUCUCUUGAAAGGGAGAAAACAUUUGCUUCUUCUUUCUUUAACGGAAGAUCAGAAUCAAUGCUAAGGUCCUAAGGGCUCUGGUGAGGUCCUGGGCCACAGCUGCUGAUAACCUUCUUCAGCUCCAACCCAUUCGCUCCCGGAGGAGAGCUGCUGGUACGUCUUGGUGCUGCAAGAUUUUAGUCUGUUGAAUUUGUUUCCUGAUGACAGAGAAGUCCUCCCUCAGAUCUUCCACAUCUAUCAUGGACUGGAACGUUAGCCAAGAGGGCAGGCGUGGCUCCUCUACAUGCAUGAGGUUUUGGAUUCUCUGGACAGAUAGCAAUCCAUUCUGACAAAGGAAGGCUAGAAGGGUUUGAAGAUGCUGCUGCUGCAGCUGCUCUCUGUCCUCUGGGAGGCCUUGUCCCUGCAGGUCAUUUUGGUGUUUCUGGCUACAUUUCUGCUUCUUGCUGAUUACAAGAAAAAGAUUCGCCCAAGGGAUUUCCCCCCAGGGCCCAUGCCUCUUCCCUUUCUGGGUAACAUGCUACACAUGGAUUUCAAGAAACCUCAUUUUUCCAUGCAAAAGUUUGCAAAAAAAUAUGGCAACAUCUUCAGCCUUCAAGUUGGAAACAGACGGGUUGUGGUUGUGAAUGGAUUGCAGCUGGUGAAAGAGACUCUUGUCCAUCAGGGUGAAAACUUUGUAGAUCGUCCAGUCCUUCCUCUUGAUAAAGAAAUAUUUACAUCAUUUGGAUUGAUCUUCUCGAAUGGCCUUAGUUGGAAACAACAAAGACGGUUUGCCUUAUCAACUCUCAGAAACUUUGGUUUGGGCAAAAGGUCUUCAGAAGAACGAAUACAGGAGGAGAGCCGAUACCUAACAGAUGCAAUUGAAGCUGAGAAUGGGCAGCCAUUUAACCCUCACUUUCAGAUUAAUAAUGCUGUUUCAAAUAUCAUCUGUUCUGUCACAUUUGGGGACCGCUUUGAUUACUAUGACAGCCGUUUCCAGAUGUUAUUGCACUUGCUUGAUGAGACGACGUACCUUCAAGCAACUAUUUGGAGUCGGCUGUACAAUAUCUUUCCCACUCUCAUGAAGCACUUACCAGGGCCUCAUCACACUGUUUUUAAAAACUGGGGAAAGCUGAAAUCCUUUGUGAGAGGAAUCAUUGAAAAACACAAAGAAGACUGGAACCCAUCUGAACCCAGAGACUUCAUUGAUGCCUACCUAAAUGAAAUGGCCAAGGAGGAUUCCGCUUCCAGUUUCCAUGAAGAAAACCUUCUACAUUCAACACUGGAUCUGUUUUUUGCUGGAACAGAAACAACUUCUACAACAUUGCGCUGGGCUUUACUUUACAUGGCCAUUUAUCCAGAAAUUCAAGCAAAAGUCCAAGCGGAAAUAGAUUCUGUGAUUGGCCAGUCUCGCCAGCCAGCAAUGGAUGACAGGGACAGCAUGCCCUAUACCAAUGCAGUUGUUCAUGAAGUUCAAAGAAUAAGCAGCAUUGUUCCUUUGAAUGUGCCCCGGAUGACAACUGAGGACACAAUGCUCGCUGGGUUUCAUGUGCCCAAGGGAACUAUAAUGGUCCCCAACUUGACCUCUGUGCUGUUUGACGAGGAUGAGUGGGAAACCCCCAAUGUGUUUAAUCCUGGCCAUUUCCUGGAGAAUGAUCAGUUCAGGAAAAGGGAAGCAUUCUUGCCAUUUUCUGCAGGAAAGCGAGUUUGUCUGGGAGAGCAGUUGGCGAGGACUGAGCUCUUUAUUUUCUUCACUGCCCUAAUUCAGAAGUUCACUUUCCAGGCUCCAAAGAAUGAGACAUUAAGCCGUGAAUUUAGGAUGGGUCUGACAUUGUCUCCCCUGCCAUACCGGAUAUGUGCAUUCUCUCGCUAAGGGGACCCAUCUUAUAGCAUUUCCAUUUCUUUAAAAAGUCGUAUUAGUUUGUGGGAUAGAAGCACACCUGUGGCUUAAUCCUAAUUAUGUUUUUUAAAUGAUUUUUAUUGGUUUUACAUAUAAUCAUAUCACUUAACACCGUCCUCUCUUAUGUUAUCUCUUUGGCUCAACUGAACCUAACGACUUCCCUCCUUACCGUCUGAUGGUUUACAGAAUUAAACUUUACAUUGUUACAUUUCACUUCGUUUCCUAUCCUUGUUAUAUCAUUACCUAAAAUAUUGUAUUACUCAACCUGAAUAGGUAGCAGUUCCGUCUUACAAAUCUUCAAAUAACCCUGGUAAUGAUGUUAAUUGCUUACAGUUGUCUUUCAGACAUAAUAUAUAUUUGUUCUGGUCCUUUUAGAAUGCUUGGUCUCGCUGGUUCCGGAUUCUUCCCAUCAGUUUCGCCAUUUCUGCAAAGCCCAUCAACUUAAUCUGCCACUCUUCAUUUGUUGGUAGCUCCUGUUGUUCCCAUCUUUGGGCUAACAAGUUGUUGCAUAUAAGAACUAUUUUUUAUCUUGUCUCGGUAUCUCUCUACCCACUAUACCCAAUAAAAAAAGCUUCUGGGUGUUUUUUGUUUUUUUGUUUGUUUGUUUUAGCAAAAGUGUUUUUAAACUAGCUCAUUAUAUAUAAUUUCCUAGAAAGCUUUUACCUUUUUACAUGUCCACCACAUAUGGUAAAAAGUACCUUCCUUUUCCUUACAUUUUCAACAUUCUUUUUUUGUUCUAUACAUUUUGGCGAAUUUAACUGGUGUUAAAUACCAUCUAUACGUCAUUUUCAUAAUGUUUUCUUUAAGCGUACUACAUGCUGUAAAAUUAAUACCUUCAUUCCAUAUCUUCUAACGGUAUGUUAUGUCCAAUAUCUUUAGCCCAUGUUAUUUCCAAUAUCUUUAGCCCAAUGUAUCAUUACCAGUUUUACCUCCAUAUCCUAAUUUUACCCCAUAAUCCUAAUUAUGUUUUGCCAGAAUUCAUUAGGGCUUAACCCAGGUAAGUAGGUUUGGGAUUGCAGCAUGUAUCCUUAAAGCGCAUUCAAAACACACUUGCCCCCUCAAUGAAUCUGGGGAACUGUAGUUAUUUUGGGAGUUGUAGCUCUCUCGGGGGUAAACUCCAUUUCCCAGGAAUCUCAGGUGAUUUUGUAUGCAGAUUAUAAUGAUCCUCAUUGGUGAGGAUCCAGAGUCCCAAUUCCCUGUCCUUAGUAAGGGGGGGGUCUCUCCCCCACCCCAUUAUUUUCAAAAUUGUUUUAUGUAAUAAGAAUUGUCCUGUUAUAUUAUUUUAUAGCUGCCAAUUAUAGUUCAGCAUUUCCAUCUAACCCCCAAUAAUUUGUAAAUACAGCAUUGGUGUCUAUGUAAAUCCUAAAAACAAAAGUAAACAAUAAAAAACCAAGAAUGACACCAUAGGAAUGCAACAGCAGCAGCACAUAGCUAAAACAGAUAGUAAAUGAACCCAUGCCCCUUACGAUGGAGCCUGUAAGCCUCUAUACUUAUUACCUGAGAGUCCUCCUCAUUGAAUACAUUGGGACUUACUUCUGAGUAACCAGGCAGGGAAGUUUCAUUUGAUUGGAAGGAAGGAGAGAGAACAAAGGAGCAACUCUAUUUAGUGCAGUUUUGAUGCUUCAACUGUUCUUAAUCUACCCUGACUACUAUACAGUGGUACCUCGGUUUAAAUACACAAUUGGUUCCGGAAGUCUGUACUUAACCUGAAGCGUACUUAACCUGAAGCGAACUUUCCCAUUGAAAGUAAUGGAAAGUGGAUUAAUCCGUUCCAGACGGUCCGUGGAGUACUUAAACUGAAGCGUAGUUAACCUGAAGCGAACUUUCCCAUUGAAAGUAAUGGAAAGUGGAUUAAUCCAUUCCAGACAGGCCCGCGGAGUACUCAACCUGAAGCGUACUUAACCUGAAGUAUGAGUGUAAUUGGUCUGGAAGUCCAUACUUAACCUGAAGGGUACUUAACCUGAAGCAAACUUUCCCAUUGAAAGUAAUGGAAAGUGGAUUAAUCCGUUCCAGACAGGUCCACGGAGUACUUAAACUGAAAGUACUCAAACCGAAGCGUACUUAAACCGAGGUAUGACUGUGAUCCUAUACCCAAUUUGAUUUGCCUGAGACAAAGCCCCAUUAAACAUAAUGAGAAUUACAUCUGAGUAGAGAUAUGUACAUUGUACUUAGAAUUUGCUAUAUAGGGAUGGACUUGAGUGGCUGGACUUAAGCAGAACACUUUGCUUUUGUCACCCACCUGCACACUAUUUGCACAAAAUAGCUUCAAGGGAAUACCUGUGUCAGAUGCUUCCUAGCUGCUAUGAAAAGUGAACAGCAAGACAAGAAGCGGGAUAGAAAAGCAGGAAUCAGACGCUCUUUAGGACCCAGGGGUGUUUCUAUCAGCUUGUGUCCAAAACAUUGCAGUUUGCUCAUUGGCUCAAAACAGG